GUUAUCUGUAAGUUAUAUUCACACCUCAGUCUCCAAUGAUGUUUAAUCUGUUUAUUUUUUGUUAAUUUUCAUUACAAUCAACAAGUUUAGGGUAAAAUAUGUGAGAAAAUGAGUAGAAAUUUGCGCCCAAAAACAUCCACUGUCAUUGUUAUCGAUGACGAAAUAGAUUCAGACGAUGAUCUUGACGUUACCUUUGAAAGAAGAAAAGAUGAUUCCGAUUGUGAAGUUGAAUACGUAUCUCCUAAGGCGUCCGGAGCAUCCAGAGACAUAAGAAAGCUUCUCGUGAUUGAUCUGGAUAAACCUGCUCGUAGGGCCGUUAGUAGAGACAGAAAUGUAGCACCAAGUGAUAGCACAAAUAGAACUGAGGCAAGAGCAAGGUUAGAAAGGAUAAAGGAAAAGAGUGAAGUAACAAUCGAUGCUGAGUACAACGAUGACAUGAAAGGGGAAAGACAGGUUAGAUCUGUCAGAGGUAGAGCAAGUAAAGAAUCAAGUAAAAUACUCGGUGAGAAAAAAGAUCGAAUUGAAGCAUCUUCGUCUAGAACAAAGUGUAUUACCAGUGAGACAUUGGAUGACGUAUUCGAAAUAGAAACGGAGACUAGACGCAAACGGAAUGAAGCUAAAUCCAAAGAUUCAGAUUUCGAAGUUGAGUAUAUGCCUGGUAGGGCAGCGAAAGGAUCGAAACAUUGCGGUAAAACAUCUGUAAUUGAUACAGAUGCAUUAAGUGGUAAAGCAACCAGUAAGGACAAAAGUACAGAAGGAAAGAGCAUCGCUGGGAAUCUGGAUUUGAGGAAAAAAUUAUUAAACAACAAGACUGGUGCAGGACACGAGCAAACCAAUGAGGAUAUGUACAAUAAUGGAGUUCAGAAGAAUGUUGAACCUGAGGCGAGUAUUUCUGCUGAAAACAGAAAAAGAAAAGGUUCCGAUGUUUCAACUGCUGCAAAAAAGGCAAAAAAAGUUGAAAGAGCUAGCUCGAAAAAACUAUCGGCUGUCAACAAGAAGGAUGAAUUUCUUUCCACAGACGAAUCAGAGAGUAAAGGUCCUGGUCAAACUGACAAUUUUGGUGAAAAUGUACACACCGAAUGGUCCGAGCCUGAUUAUCUUAGUGAGUUUAAUCAAAUCGACAAACAAAUUGCUCAAAAUCUGAUAUCUCUUUUCAAGGACGAUAACACAAUACCGUUCAUAGCGAGGUACAGAAAGGAAAUGACCGGUGGAAUGGAACCGGAACAAUUGAGAAGCAUAAAGAACUCGUACGAUAGUUUGAAAUCAAUUAAAAAACGAGGAUUGCUUAUUCUGAAAACUAUUGAUAAACUUGGAAAAUGGAAUCCAGAGAUUCACUCUGCUGUUACAGCUGCUAAAUCGUUGGCGGAACUUGAGACUAUCUAUGCACCUUACAAACCUGGGGCGAAACGUUCUUUGGCUGAACGAGCCAAGGAGCUGGGCUUGGCUCCGAUAAGCGAGGCUGUUCUGCUGGGCAAAGUGGUGCCUAGUUUGUCUUCGUUGAUAGACACGGACAGAAAUGGUUUGAUAAAUGUGAACGAGGUGAGACAGGGCAUUAUGCAUAUCAUCGCAGAGGUGAUAAGUAAGGACAAAACAACCUUUGAGGGAAUUCGCGAGCUGCGAAAGAAAGUGGUUAUUAACAUACAGUCGACAAAGUCAAAAUCUGCUGGUACAUUGAAAGUGGCUAAUGACGUAAAACAGAAGAAAGAGGAUCAUCACAAAUACGAAAAGUACUUUCACUUCGUAGCGUCGGAAAGGAGCAUCAGAGAUUAUCAAAUAUUAGCAAUAAACAGGGGUGAAUCACAGAAAAUUUUAAGUGUCAAGAUAAUCAUUCCAGAUUGGUUCAAGGACAGAUUGAGAGAGCGCUGUUUGAGGAAGUAUAACUCUAUCGGAAAAGUUUCAAGUUUUCAUCAUGAUAUACUCAAUGAGAGUUUCGACGAUGCUUACAAUAGGCUCAUCAAAAAGUUUGUGACUCGUCAAGUGAGGCAUGAGCUGAAUGAGAAAGCAGAGAGCGCUUCCGUCAACGUUUUUGCCAAUAACUUGAAGAAACUACUUCUCACUCCACCUCUCAGAGGAAAAACGGUUCUCGGUAUCGAUCCAGGUUUUACUCACGGCUGUAAAUUGGCCAUGGUAUCGCAGUGCGGAGACGUGUUGGAAACGGCAACCAUAUAUCCGCAUACCAGGUCUCAGAAACACUCGGUCCAGGUCCUUGUUGAUCUUGUUAAGAAUUACCACUGCACGGUGAUAGCUGUUGGUAGUGAGACUGGUUGCAGAGAAACUGAAAAAUUUUUAACCGAUCUCAUUCAGGCUGGAGUGUUUCAUCCUAUCGAUGUUUCGUACACAAUUGUCAACGAGUGUGGUGCCUCAAUAUAUAGCUGUAGCACCGAGGCUAAGUCGGAGUUUCCAAACCUAGAUCCGAAUAUCAUCUCGGCUGUCUCCAUAGCCCGACGAUUACAGGAUCCGCUCGCUGAACUUGUUAAGGUAGAUCCAAAAAAUCUGGGCGUUGGAAUGUACCAGCACGAUUUACCAGAAAAACAGCUGCAGCUCACGUUGGGCGAGGUGAUAACGGAGACGGUGAGUUUUGUGGGUGUUGACGUAAACACAGCGUCGCAUUGUCUCCUGAGAAGAGUGGCUGGACUGAACGCCGCAAAGGCAACGAACAUAAUAAAUCGUCGUAACACGUGUGGCCCGUAUAAAAACCGAUCAGAACUACUGUUAGUCUCUGGUAUCGGGAAAAAAUCCUACGAGCAAUGCGCCGGUUUUAUAAGAAUUUUACCUGAAACUGCACUGCUGGACGCGUCGUCGAGAAAAGAUUCCUUGGUGUAUUUGGAACAGACUUGGAUUCACCCGGAAUCUUACGAUGUAGCCAAACAGUUCCUGAAGGGUUGUGGGUGCCUCUUGACGGACCUGGGAUCGGAUGAAUUCGUUCAAAAAGUCACGUCGUACGCAAACUGUGACCGGAAAACUUUGGCAAAACAAUUGGACACCAACGAAACAACGCUUGAUAUCAUUAUAAACGGAUUAUCGAUGAAGAAAGGGGAAGACAUCAGAAUCAGAGAAGAAGCACCGUUAUUCAUGAAUAAUUUUCGAUGCAUCGACGAUUUAUGCGUUAACACAAGGGUGAGAGGUACCGUUCGAAACGUAACUAGUUUUGGGACAUUCAUAGACAUAGGUGUAGGCACAAACGGCCUUCUGCCAAUUGGAAAGCUGAAAGGUCAAGUUCUUAGUCUGGGGGAAAGAGUCGACGUAUUAGUACUAUCCAUAAAUAAAGAUCGCGGUAGAAUAAGCUUGACGCUUUGAUAGAUUCAAGACUGGAGGGAGAAUUCCUCAAUCGAUUUUUUUUAAACUAUUGCAAAUAAGUGUCGCAGUGGCAUGAAAUUUAUCACCUUAGGUUCGACUACUCGUUUUUACAUGAUUACGUACAUACUGACAUACCGUUUGGCAAAGCUGCGAGAGAUCGCUCGAUCUCCUGUUAUCGUUUACAAUUUUUCAUCGGAUACUGUCUACUAUUACCUUCUUGUGUUACGUGUUAAGCAGAGGGAUACGCUCCCGUACCGACGUAUAAUUUACGGCUAAUUGGACGUAGUUGUUACGCUCCAGGCAAGAGACAGUCAAGCAUACAUCGGAUGCGAAUAACUCGUCUUUCAUACAUAUAGACGUAUUUGUUUUUAUCGUAUAACGGGCUGACAUCGCAUAACAGUUUCUCUCUCAUUACAUCUAUAGGUAUAUACCUGGUAUGCAGAAAUACCCGACCGGUGAUAUUCAAUCACAUUUUUAUUUUAUCUUCAUCCACUACCCCUUCUCGCAUCAUUUUUCGCGUGCACUACGGUUUUAACUCGAGUAAUUUUCAUACAUUUUAACAUCGCACCUCAGAGAUAAUAACUAUAACGAAUUUCAAUACGAGGGAAGAAAAUACGAUCAACUCAUACAUAUUUCGAUUAAGAAGGACGCGUGAAAUGUUAUUAUUACUUGUACAUUUUUUUUUUAUUUCUUACGUUAUUACACACAUAUAGCCUUACGUUCAUGUAAAUAAAGAAUAUUUUGUUA